CGAGCCUCUCACUGUUGUGGCCUCUCCCGUUUUGGAGCACAGUCUCCGGAUGCGCAGGCUCAGCAGCCAUGGCUCACGGGCCCAGCCGCUCCGCGGCAUGUGGGAUCUUCCCGGACCAGGGCACGAACCCGUGUCCCCUGCAUCGGCAGGCGGACUCUCAACCACUGCGCCACCAGGGAAGCCCUAGAUCAAUAUUUGACUUAAUUUAUUUUAAGCUUUAGAUUAAUUGAUGGUCUUUUUCUUUCAGGCUUAUAAAAGUUUUGGCUUUGUUGCAAAAGCAAGUCAAGACUUUUCUCUGGUGAACAGGUGUGCAGGCUGUGACAUAUGUCUGUCCAAGAAAUAAAUAAACAUGCAGUUCUCCCUCCUAUCAUUAAUAGAAGUGACAAGGAAUUUUUGGAAAGAAUGCAAAGAUACAUAAUUACAGAAACUGAAAGAGUGGGCUGUAAUGAGGAAGGACCUGCUGAUGAAUAUUACAUCAUAUACCGAAACGUUUUUGAUAAGGUAAUAGAGUAUGUCACUGCAUACAAAUCCAUUCUUACUUCAAUCAAAAAAGAAUACGAUGCCUUUAUUGAGACAAUAAAGAAAAGCCAGAGAACUGCAUUUCAUCUUCAUGGAAAACUUAAAGUUUUGGCAGGAGAGCCCACAGCAUUGGUAUAUCAUAGGAAAAGAAUAACUCAACUUAAAGCAAAGAUGAGGCUUAUUGAAAAUAAUUCCUCAAAGAUUCAAUUGCAAAUAGAUGAAAUGAAACAACUUAGGGCAGAGUAUGACACAAAAGAACAAUGUUGUAUUUACUGCAAAGAUCCUUCAAAACCUAUUCCAGGCAUGACUCUCCAAGAAUCUGUCAGUUUAGAUGCUCUCACUAAAUACUUGAAACAUCUUGAAGAUAAAUAUGCAGAAAUUGAGCAACUUAUGUCAAAAAAAUAUUUACCAGCUCAGAGGAAGGCAGAUUUAGAUGAGGAAAUGAUUGUGGUAUUAGAACGGCGAGAUUUAGCUGAAAAUCUGAACAAUGAAUUACAGUUCCGUCAUCAAAGACUGCAGAUUAUUUCACAGGCACUUACUUUGUGGGUAAAAUCUGAUAUGAGCAGAUCAUUUGAGGACUUCAUGGAGCACACUGAGAAAAAUAAAGAUUUACACGGUGAACAAGGCAUUGUUGAGGAACUACUUGAAGAUGACCCAGGCAAGGCAAAAGAGGCUGAAAUUUUGCUAUACUACGUUGAAAGGUUGAAUGAAUUAAUCUCACUUGGAGAAUAUGAAAAGGCAGUUUAUUUUGCAGCAAACAGUCCUAGAAGAAUUCUUCAAAACAUUGGGACAGUGAGUAAAUUUAAGGCUGUUGGAAAAACUAGAGGAAAGCCUUUCCCAUUACUCUUAUUUUUUGAGGCUAUCUUUAGCAUAAGUCAUGCUUUUAAACAUCCUGUUGAUGCAGAACUAACCCUGGAAGGAAUCAAAUGUGGAUUAUCUGAAAAACGUUUAGAUUUAGUUAUCAAUUGGGUCACCCAGGAAAGGCUGACAUUUUCUGAGGAGGCUGGGGAUGUGAUGUUUGAUUAUGGGGAGCAGGAUACUUAUAACAAGGCCAAGUGUCUGGCUUUAGCUCAGAUUAUCUAUAGUGAAUGUGGCCUGCGCAAGAAAGCUCUCCUUUGCCUGUGUAAACAGGGUCAAAUUCAAGGGGCCAUGGAGUACAUACAACAAUUCAAGGCCUUUACUUCUGAUGACCUGAUGCAGCUAAUAAAGUUAUGUCCCCACACUGAAUUAAUUCAGUGUCUCACUAAAGAAUGGAAUGGGAAACCACCAUAUUUAUCUUUUGGUCUUGCUGUACUUCACCUGUUCUCUGUAGAUAUGAAAAAAGUUGGCAUUAAGCUACUUCAAGAAAUAAAUAAAGAUGGGAAAGAUGCAGUUGAACAUCUUAUGAUAAAUGAUCCAUUUUGCUCCCUAGAAGAGUGGCAAGAAUUAGCAAAUAUAUGUUUACAGAAUGGCUUUGACAAAUUAUCUAAUGACAUCAUGUCUGUUCUUCGAUCUCUAGCUGGGGUUACAGAAAUUUCUGAAGAGGAUGAUAAAGUCAACUUGAUGCAGCAUGUUUUUUGGUAGUUCUACAUCUUAACCAGUUGAGGGAGCCUGUACAACAUUUUAUAUAUAUCAGUUAGGCAAACUGAUUUUGGUAUAACUAACUUAUAAAUAAAUCUGGAGUAUGAAGUUCUCAGAAA